AUUAUCUAUGUACACAUUUGCCAUACUUAAGAGGGCGGUAUUGAGCUUCUGUAGUCAAUAUAGAAACGACGAAGAAGAAGUUUCAGCGUCCGUUGCUGUCAAGUUAAAACAUCGUUUAUUAACGCUGGAUAGUGGGAAUGGGCCUUAGGUAAUUAUUAAUUAAUUAAUUAAACGGGAUCAUAAAUGACGCUACAGUUUGUAAGAGCGUGAUACAAUAUUGACAAAAUUAUUUGUACACAACUCCGAAUUACAACAAAUUAUAGAUGUUUAGUCGUUUUAGUAGUUACGCUUAGUCAAACGUUACCUUGCGGUUACUAUUGUGAAAAGCCAAACCGGAUGCAGGUCUUUUAAUGUUAGCUUGAUCCGGUGUGUUCACAUCAUUAGCAAAAGCAAAGCAAAGCAAAAUUAGCAAUUUGUUUGGUCUCAAGUUAACCGAAAUUGUGUAAUAAAUGGGAAGGUAUAAGUGUGCUUACAACUGUGAGAACUCAAGCGAUUCAGAUAUUAAGUUUUUUAAGUUUCCCAUCUACAAUCCCAGAAAACUUAAAAAAUGGGUUAUGAACAUGAAGUGGAAAGACUGGACUCCUACUCGCUUCUCUGUACUGUGCAUCAAUCAUUUUGAAGAGCAAUACCUUGAUAGAACAGGAAAAUGUGUGACACUGCGAGAAGAUGCAGUUCCCACCAUAUUUCCUUCCACUGACAACACACAGAAAAGAAACGUUUCUGUCGCCACAAGACGUAAGAGACAAAAGUCCCCAGGUGUUAAAACCUCAGAGAAGGAGUCGGUUCAGUCUUCAUCAACCCCUCCUUCCAUCGCAAAGAGCAGCAUUCUGAACAAUGAACUCAACCAACAAGAACAAGAGCCUCCAGAAGACAAAGACAAAACAAACACAGAGAAAUGGAGAAUCAUAAUGGAUGAAAGGCUGAUGAAGAUCGAGUCAUUUCCACAUUUCUUUCACGGAGAUUACUGUGUACCUCAGAAUAUUCAGUGGGCCCCAGAUAAUGAGCUCAGUGUGGACUGUAAUGACUCUGAAAAUGUGAUAGAGGUGAAAGAGCCAUGGCAGUGGCUUGCUUUGGAUGUCAGAGGUCCUCUGCCCCAAACACUGAAUGGACAUAAGUACAUUUUGACAGUGACAGACUAUUACUCCAAAUGGGUGGAGGCUGUACCGAUGCAGAUGUGUCUCCCUUCACAUGUGGCGAAAAGCAUUGCAGACAUCAUCGGCCACUUAGGAUACCCAUUCAGAAUCCUUUCUAGACUACCUCAUGACAUAGUCCACAAAAUCAACCGAGAGCUAAAAGAUCUGCUUAAGGUUACCAUUGCACUUGUGGUUCACCAUCAUCAGACAGGCACAGCAGAUUUGAUCACACCACAGCUCAUUGACAGGAUGGUAUGUGAUCUAACUGAGGAGCAUGCAGCAGACUGGGAUGUUUACCUGCCUGCCAAGGUUUUCAGUUUGUGUUUUAAAGAACAUUCAAAGACUAUGGAGAGGCCUUUUUCAUUACUCUUCUGUAAUGGUUUAGAGCCUGUUCAAUCCCCCAGAGGACUGAAUUAUACUUUUUCCAAGAUCCAAGAGAGUGCCUUUGUGGUUAGAUAGAAGAUAACUUGGUUAUUUGAAUCAACCAAACUGGACUCUGUUACAUUUGCAAACCAAGCAAGAAGAAGAAUGUUUUUCCACUGUGGUACUUCAUUUUCACAAUGGGACAGUCGCAGUGCUGAUGAUUUGACCAAGAUGAGGAAUUUAUUAACAAAACUGUACAUCUCACUGACAUUUUUCACUUGUUCAAAACCAUGUUCCUGCAUUUAUUUGUGUUUUUGUCCAUAAACAAUAGGAAGGACA